UCAAGUGCAAGUUCUGCUUGCCUUAGGGGUGUGUGUGUAUUCCUCUUGUGACAGAGCUUAGGUGCUUUCAAAUUUUUUCCUUAGCUGUUACAACUGUAUUUUCUAGGUCUUGAGAUGGAGUCCCAGGUGCGUCAGAACUUCCAUGCUGAGGGUGAGGCUGCUGUGAACCGCCUGGUGAACCUGGAGCUCUAUGCUAGCUAUGUCUAUCUGUCUAUGUCUUACUACUUUGAAAGGGAUGAUGUGGCCUUGAGGCACAUGGCCCAGUUCUUGAAGGUACAGUCUCAUGAGCAGAAGGAACAUGCAGAGAAGUUCCUGACCUAUCAAAACAAGCGAGGUGGGAGCGUUGUCCUGCAGGAUAUCAAGAGGCCAGAGCGGGAUGAGUGGGGGAACAGCCUGGAGGCCCUGCAGUGUGCCCUGCAGCUGGAGAAGACUCUGAACCAGGCCCUGCUGGACCUGCACAAACUGGCUACUGAGAAGAAUGACCCUCAUCUAAAACUCUGAACUGAAAUGUAAUGGUACAUAGUUGAAGCGGAAUGAAUAGUCCUCUUCCUUCCCUUGCUUGGCUGCAGCUCUGCGACUUCCUGGAGUCUGACUACCUAGAGGAGCAGGUGAAGGCUAUCAAGCAGCUGGGAGACCAUGUCACCAACCUGAAGCGCCUGGGAGUGCCCCAGAAUGGCAUGGGAGAGUACCUGUUUGACAAGCUCACCCUGGGGGAGAGCAGCUGAAUGGCACGCUGCCAGCUGAGUGCCAUGCAGAUCUCUACCCUUCACAGCCAAAUAGACAAGAUGUAGCAACCUAGAGUCAAGUGCUAACAAUAAAACAUUCUAUGCAUCCAA